UUUAGGCAGAAAACACCAAAACCCUCUGCGUCGGGGUUUCCAUUCCUUGAGCUUACCUUUUUCUUCUACCUCCAACUAUUCUCCUACUCUCAGGUUUUGUUAAAAGGAAAACAAUCACUGGUAUCAGAUUGAAGUGUGGUUUGGUUCUUGAGCUUUUGUACUGUGGUCUCGAUAUGACAGCUUACAUUUCACCUUGUUUUACUCCAUCCGACUCUCGGUUUCUCACUGUUCUUAGAAAGAAUGUAUCACCAGAGACUCAUUUAGGCAAAGUACACUCCUUUAAGAUGUUUGAGAGUAAGAAAAACCGAGUCUUUGUUGCUGCUCAGAGAUCCGAAUCUUCCCCAAUCAGAAACUCUCCACGGCAUUUCCAAAGCCAAGACCCUUUCUUGAACCUUCACCCUGAGAUAUCCAUGCUUAGAGGUGAAGGAGCCAACACAAUAGCCAAUCCUAGAAAGGAAACCUCUGCGGGACCUGUUACCGAGGAUUUUGAAGAGCCGUCUGUUCCGAGCAACUACAAUGAGGCGAGGAUCAAAGUUAUUGGUGUGGGAGGUGGAGGAUCAAACGCUGUGAAUCGUAUGAUAGAGAGUGAAAUGUUAGGCGUGGAGUUCUGGAUUGUGAAUACUGAUAUUCAGGCUAUGAGAAUGUCUCCUGUUUUAUCAGAGAACAGGUUACAAAUUGGUAAGGAGCUGACAAGGGGUUUAGGUGCUGGAGGAAAUCCUGAGAUUGGUAUGAACGCUGCUAGAGAGAGCAAAGAAGCUAUUGAGGAGGCUCUUUAUGGCUCAGAUAUGGUCUUUGUCACUGCUGGAAUGGGCGGUGGAACUGGAACUGGUGCAGCUCCUGUAAUUGCAGGAAUUGCUAAAGCGAUGGGUAUAUUGACGGUUGGUAUCGCCACAACGCCUUUCUCGUUUGAGGGUCGAAGAAGAGCAGUUCAGGCUCAAGAAGGGCUUGCUUCUCUCAGAGACAAUGUCGACACUCUCAUCGUUAUUCCAAAUGACAAGUUACUUACAGCUGUCUCUCAGUCCACUCCGGUAACAGAGGCAUUUAAUCUAGCUGAUGAUAUACUUCGUCAGGGGGUUCGUGGGAUAUCUGAUAUCAUUACGAUUCCUGGUUUGGUAAAUGUGGAUUUUGCUGACGUGAGAGCUAUAAUGGCAAAUGCGGGUUCUUCAUUGAUGGGAAUAGGAACUGCAACAGGAAAGAGCCGGGCAAGGGAUGCUGCACUAAAUGCGAUCCAAUCACCUUUGUUAGAUAUUGGCAUUGAGAGAGCCACUGGAAUUGUUUGGAACAUCACUGGUGGAAGCGACUUAACACUGUUUGAGGUAAAUGCUGCUGCGGAAGUUAUAUAUGAUCUUGUCGAUCCAACUGCCAAUCUUAUUUUCGGCGCUGUUGUGGAUCCAUCCCUCAGCGGUCAAGUAAGCAUAACUCUCAUAGCCACGGGUUUCAAACGACAAGAAGAAGGAGAAGGAAGGGCGGUUCAGAUGGCACAAGUGGAUACCUCCUCAAUGGGAGCUACAAGAAGACCUUCUUCCUCCUUUAGAGAAGGCGGUUCAGUGGAGAUCCCAGAGUUCUUGAAGAAGAAAGGCAGCUCUCGCUAUCCCCGUGUCUAACAAGUCCGAUAUGAUCACUAUCCUGCACGCUGCAGCGACCUUUGUCUCUCGUUAUACUGCAAGAUGUUCUGAUGUAUGAUCAAUAAUCGUGUGGGUGUGUGUAUAUGCCUUUGAUGGUGUUUCUUGAAUAGGUUAUUUUAGAAAUGUUGUUUUUUUUAUGACAGAAAAAUAAUAACAGAACCCUCUUGUCCUUUCUGGUA